AUGUCCUUGUUGGAGGAGAACUCAGAAGUGAAAAUGGACUCUGAAGACCGGGGAAAAGAUGAACCCUGGUGCUGCUCAGAAGGUGCAAAACUGAAUGCCAGAGCGCCAGAGAAAUUCAGCAUUCAUGACCAGGAUCACAAAGUGUUGGUCCUGUACCGUGAGACCCUCAUGGCAGUUCCAAAUAAAACGAACAUAGUUCCAGAGACCUUCUUUGUAUUAGCCUCACAUUUGAGCUCAAGCCAUGAAGGAAGUCCAAUUCUCUUGGCAGUCUCUAAAGGAGAGCUUUGUCUCUGCUGCAAAAAGGACAAAGGAAAAAGCAAGCCAUCCCUUCAGCUGAAGAAGAAGAAACUGACCAAACUUGCUACCCAGAAGGAAAAAGCACGUCGGCCCUUCAUCUUUUAUAGGGCUAAGGUGGGCUCCCGGUACACACUAGAGUCAGCUGCCCACCCUGGUUGGUUCGUCUACACUUCCUGCAAUUCUGGUGAACCUGUUGAAGUGACAAAUAGAUGUGGAGAAGGGAAAUUCAUUGAGUUUUCAUUUCACCAAGUUUCCAAAAGUGAAAUGAGCCCUAGUGAAGUCAGUAUUAGGAAUGCCCCAUUGGAUGCCUUCUGUUUUCCCAAUGUGAAGCAAUCGCCUGAGGACAUAAAACCUGCUCAAUGAAUAAAAGAACUAUUGUUAG